CUGCAGGGAAUAGAAGACUUGUGUUACCGUGCAAUCAUAACCAGCCCAGAACAAUUGAUGAAGCCAGGCGGAGCAUUUGAGAAGCUGUUGCGAAAUGUUGAUUUCGCCUCAAAGUUAAUUGGUAUCAUCUUUGACGAAGCUCACUGCAUUGUGACUUGGGGAGAAUUUCGGGCAGAGUACAAGGAAUUAGAGCGCUUGCACUACAUCUUACCUUGCCAGGUACCUUUCAUGGUCACAUCAGCAACACUCACAUCAGAUGCUCUCAGAGACAUACGUAGGCUCCUGCACAUUCAAUCCGAAAAUCUCGCCACCAUCCAUGUAUCCACUGAUCGUCCAAAUAUAAGGAUCAGAGUUCGCAAAAUCAAAUACUCCCUUAUGUCCUAUGCAGAUCUCGCGUUCCUCAUACCUACCGAUGAUCCACCACCACCGAAAUUUCUCGUUUUCUUCGACAGCAUCCAAGGCGGAAUAAGCGCUGCGAAGUACUUACGGGCACGUCUUCCGCCAGAUCUACGAGACAAAGUCAAA